AUGCCUCAAAAAUUUCGUUGUGGUCGGUUAAUAUUACAUAAAAAUGGAGGAGUGAGAAAACUCCAUCUUUCACAUGGUGGUGGUACUCGUGAUUGUAAAUUGAGUCAUAUUGAUAUGGGUUUUGAUCAAAUUCAUGAUCAACUUCGAGAUAUUUUCUCAUUAAAUGAAACUAAUCGUGUUUCAACAUUAUAUGAUUUUCAACGUAAAAAAUUAGAUACUCAACGAUAUCAAGAUUUUUAUGAUUAUAUAAAUAAAAAUGGUUUAAAAUUUAAUGCUACUUUAUUAUAUCUAUGUACACCAGCAGUAAAUGAACGUACUGCUCAUUCAACAUCAUCUGAACAAACAAGAACAAAUACAAGAACAACAACACAAUCAAUACAAAAUCAACCUCAAGUACAAAAAAAAAUUUCUCUUGUUGAAGCUGAUUCUUCUACAUCAACGGUUAUGAUUAAAAUUGAUGAUAAUGAUGAUUUACAACACAAUCAUAUAUCAACAAAUGAAAAUGUAGGUCUCAAUCCUAUAGCUGAAACUCUUCGAACAUUCUCAUUAUCAUCAUUUUCAAAUUAUUCAUUUGAAAAAUCAUUAAAUGGAUUGGUUGAUUAUUUACGUCAUUUAGUUACUCAAUAUAAUCAUGAAAAUAUAUUUCUUAAAUUAUUUGAAUUAUUAUGUGAAUUACGAGUUCUUUCAUCGAUUAAUUUAGAUCGAUUAAAACAGCAAAUUGAAUUAAUAGAUGAAAAACAAGAAAAAAUUGAUAAUGAAAUAUUAGAUAAAAUUGAAAAAUCAUCUCGAUCAGUUAAAGUAUUAAUAGAAUUAAAUAAAAUUAAAAUUUCUCAUAUUGAUCAACAUUCAAUAAUUAUUGAUUCAUUCAAUCAAUUUUAUCAAAAUUUUAAUACCUUACAUGAUCAAUGGACUAAUAAUAAAAACAAUAAUAGACAAAGUGCACCUGUUUUAACAUGUCACUUAACUGGUCGAACUCCGUCAAUAAAUCAUUCAGUUGAUCGAACACCAUCAACAACUUAUUCGACUGAUCGAACCCAACCAUCAAAUCGUUCAAUUAAUCGAACACCAUCAAAAAAUCAUCCAAUCGAUCAAACAUCAUCAACAACUUAUUCAACUGAUCGAACUCAACUAUCAAAUCGUUCAACUGAUCGAACAUCAUCAAAGAAUCACCCAAUCGAUCGAACAUCAUCAACAACUUAUUCAACUGAUCGAACCCAACUAUCAAAUCGUUCAACUGAUCGAACACCAUCAAAGAACCAUCCAAUCGAUCGAACAUCAUCAACAACUUAUUCAACUGAUCGAACCCAACUAUCAAAUCGUUCAACUGAUCGAGCACCAUCAAAGAACCAUCCAAUCGAUCGAACAUCAUCAACAACUUAUUCAACUGAUCGAACACCACCAAAAAAGCGUUCAAUUGAUCGACCAUCAUCAAGAAGCUUCUCGUCUUCAUCACCUCGAUCUCAUUCUCGAAAACAAUCACGAGUAUUAUCACCAUCACCUCAUCGAUCAUCAUCAUCGUCAUAUCGAAAAUCAACAGAAGAAGAUAAAGAUAAUCAUUUUUCAUUAUUUAAAAAUAUUUUAAAAUCACUUGAUUAUUUAUCUGAUGUCUUAGAUCAUUUACGUUUUACAUCAUUUUAUUAUUUGGUUAAAUCAAUUAUUGGUGAAAUAAAAUCUUGUCGAUCAACUAUCAAUUUAUCUGAUUAUCGAUCAUUACGUGAUGGUGAACAAACAAUAAUCUCAAUAGAACGUCGUCUUACGAAAAGAAUGAAUGAUGAAUAUCAUCAUGCAUCACCACAUGGAAUAGAUCGUCAACUUGACAAUUCAUUUAAUGCAAUAUUAGAUUCAAUUCGACAAUUAUUAAUUUCUCUUCGUCUUUAUCAAUCACAAAUAAAGAAUAAUAAACGACCAAGAACAACACGUUGGUCAUCACCUAAUAUUUCAUCAUCUAUUGAACAUAAUCAUAUUGAAAGUAAACCAAUAAUUGAUUUAAAUCAACAAGAUAUAAAAAUUGAUGAUGAUCAAAGUUCUGAAGCAUCACAUUCAUCAUUAGGUGAUGAAAUUUUAAUGGAAGUAGCAAAGAAUGCAUACGAACAUAGGCCAGAUCGUUAUAAAUAA